AUGCCUACUAAAUAUUUCGAUGUCAUAUUAAAAGUCAACGAGAGUAUUUCCACUUCUGGACAGGUUACGUUAAGGAUUCAGCAAGAUAACCUCUACUUGGUCGGCUUCAAAAAUGCCAGUGAUCAUUGGUUAGAAUUUGGCAAUAGUUCAUCAAAUAAGCUAAUUACUGGAUCCACCUUUCUGGGUUACAACGGUAGCUACAUCAGUUUGCAAGGAAAUGCAGCCAAUAGACAGAACAUAUCUCUUGGUAAGAAGAAACUCAAACAAGCUGUGAAGGACCUUGCUACCUCCACUGAUACUCGAAGAAGGGCUGAGGGAUUGACCAUUGUGAUUCAGAUGAUAUCUGAAUCAAUGAGAUUUAGAAAUAUCUCUACAUUUCUAUCCAAUAUAUCCAAUGAGUCAGGGCUUUGUCCUCCUACACACGUGCUAGAACAAGAGAACUCAUGGGCACAUAUUUCUGAAGAAUUGUUACAUAGCGACGCAUGUUAUAAUCAUAAAUUCAAACCUCCAGAUCGCCAAACAGGAAUUACCAGUCGAAGUGAGGCGAUUAAAGCAAUUGGCAUGAUCAAAUAUUUCAAUUUUUCAGGGUGCAAAUGUGGAAGCAAAAAAUGA